AAAUACGUACAUUACUUUGUAUAUGAUUUGUUUAUGUAUAUCUUGUACACAGUGAGGAGGAAGCAAGAAUGAAGAUAUAUUCAGUUUCUACCAGGCACUACUAUGCAUUUGGAGCUCUUGUGUCUGAAGAGGUCUCAUAUAAGAUCAAAGAACUUGAAGGAGUUCGGUGGGUUCUUCCUGAUUCCUACUUGGAUGUGAAGAAUAAGGAUUAUGGAGGAGAACCUUUCAUCAAUGGGCAAGCAGUUCCAUAUGAUCCGAAGUAUCAUGAGGAAUGGGUAAGGAACAAUGCUAGAGCAAAUGAAAGGAACCGCCGUAAUGAUAGACCUCGCAAUUAUGAUAGAUCGAGAAACUAUGAAAGAAGAAGGGAGAAUAUGCAGCAGCCCUAUCAGAACAGGGAGAUGUCUCCUGCCAUGCAGAAUGCUCCUAAUUCAGGAGGAAGGAUGCCACCA